AUGGCUGUCUCCGUGCGCUUGCGGUCCCAGAGCAGGUACGAUGCCUUCCUCUGCCACCACAAAGCAGGUGCCGGGGCCUUGUGCCGCUUCUUCAAGCUCAUCGUGCACAAGUACGGCCGCAUGAACAUCUUCCUGGACUCCGACGAGCUUGACGACCUCGCCCGUAUCUUCGAGAUCGUCAGCUCCGACACGCGGUGCCUCGUGGCCGUGCUCACGCCCGAGCUGCUGCAGCGCAUGUGGUGUGCAGGGGAGAUGACGAGUGCCCGAAAGUACGGCAUCCCCAUCAUCCCGCUCUACUGCGAUGGCUUCGCCUUUCCGGACGAAGACUGCAUCAACAAGAUCGAGUCCGUGUGGACCGAAGAGCAACAAUACACCUUGACAAGCCACGGCAUCGCCAUCGAGGACAUCAAGGCCACCUACCGGCACGUCAGCACGCUAGAGGGCUAUGCUCUGAGCCGGCACAGCAGCCUGGAGGAGCAGGAACGCCUGGUGCUGGACGUGGCCGCGGCCGUGCUGCGAGGCGCUCGGCGGGCGGAGGUGGCGGCGCAGGGCUCCGUGAGCAGCGCGCGCAUCCUGCUCUGCUCCAGCGAGAGGGAGCCCGAGGCCAUCUCCACUGUGCUGAUCCUGCAGCAGAUGGUGCAGCAGCAGCUCCGCAUCGCCACCUUCCGCGUUCGGAGUUUGAAGGACAUCGCAGCGGCCAACAGCGCCUCCUUCGCGCUGGUCUUGUUGAGCCAGGGGGUCCUCGAGGACCCUGACUUCGCGCUCCAGAUCGGGCAGAUGCGAGCGCAGGGGCUGAGCUUUGUGCCCGUGAACGACGGCACCUUCCAGUUCCCGCCACCGGACUUCUACAUGCAGGUGGAGGAGGUCGGCGUGGCCGGGCUCGGGCCAAACGCCGGGCGCAGCUUGGCAAAGGCCUACCAGGCGCUGCUGGGCAUCCUCGCGCUGCCCCUGACGCCCCACGCCUCCAGCGGAAUCCUCGAGAGGCAGGUGACGCAGAUCUGCCAACGGUUCGGAAACCUGGAAGACCUGCUCGAGCGAAGGCCAAGCCCGGCCAGGUUGCAGGGUUUAGUGACUAGUGCGCCUCCAUGUCUUUGCCAGGACGCAGUCCAAUCAGUCCACCAACAGAACCACCACCGCCGACGAGGUCGGCGUCGCUGA